AUGCCCAUAUCCAUAUGCACGCGGUGCCUGUCGCGACUGCACUUAGGCUCCGCUCGAACUCCAAUCCCCGUCACGACCUCCCUGAUCCAGUCCUCAAAUUUACACACGACGUCCAUUCUCCAAGCUCCAAACACGCAAAAUGCAGCAAAACACAAGAUUAUCUACCGCAAUGUGAAGGCUGCAAGCUAUCGUAAUAAGCGACGGGAUACGAAAAAGCUUCCUUCCGUUGGCGAGCGGCGGCAGCAACGCACGCGCAUUGUACUAUCCAAUGCUAACGCGCUCGAGGUGAAUGGGCUAGAGGAUCUAAGUCUACGCAACUUUAGCGACGAGAAGAAUGUUGGGAGGGUGUUAGCUUUUGAUGGCCAAGUUAUUGAUCAACUACGAGAAGUCAGAGGCUUUAAGAAAAGCCAGAGCUGGGGCUUGUUCCGGCGGCCGGCGACUUUGGUGCGCAAGGAGACAGUACAGAUUGCCAAAUGGAUGGUUGCCGAAGAUCAGGAGGGAAAAAGAGUAGUAGUCUCGGGUGAGAAGUCGGGCGGGAAAAGUGUGUUGUUGGCUCAAGCUAUGGCCAUGGCGUUCAUGAAGGGCUGGGUGGUCAUGACUAUUCCGGAAGCGCAAGAGUACACCAUGAAUCACUUCGCUUAUGCACCCGUGCCAAAGACGAAAGACACCGACGUCCAAAUGUACACGCAACCCACCCUUGCUGCGUCUCUCCUGUCACGUACCGCCAAUGCCAAUGCGGCAGUGCUCUCGAAGCUCAAGCCGAAUACUCCCCCACCCGAGUCAGCUCGUGUCCCAUCUGCUAGUGCCAACAAUCUACACACUAUCGCUAAGUAUGGGGCCGACCACCCCAGCGCCGCCCACGACAUUUUCACCUACCUCCUUAAAGAGCUGACCACUGCGGGCAAGGAACAUCGUCCGCCGGUCCUAUUCACCGUGGACAACCUUAAUCACUGGAUGGGUCCGAGCAAGUAUAAAUCUGCAGAGUUUGAGACAGUCCACUCACACCAGCUCACCAUGAUCCACACUUACUUGGACCUGCUCUUCUCAGCUAAGAAGCCACUCGCGAACGGCGGCCUCAUCCUGGCUGCCACAAGUGGCAGCAACGUACCCACAAACCCGAGCUUCGAUCUACUUCUCAAGCAGGUAAAAGCAGCGCAGCAGGGCAAGCAGCCCACCGACAAGAACUUCCCGCUACCAAACCCGUACCAGAAAGUCGAUUCACGGCCACUGAAUCUACUGGACCCUGCCGCUGGCACGCAGCUCAUGCCGCUGCAAGGCGUCAGCAAGGCCGAGGCCGCCCAGCUGAUGCAGUACUACGUGCUCAGCGGCGUGCUGAAGGAGUCGGUCACCCCAGAAAGCAUCAGCGAGAAGUGGACGCUGAGUGGCGGUGGGAACGUGGGCGAGAUCUGCAGAUGGGGAGAGAAGGCCAGGCUGGAUCCCGAGAAGCUGGUGACCAAGUUCGGAACGAAUGAAGGGAUCAAGAUCGGUCAGGGUGAGCAUAGACCUAGAGGCUGA